UUCGACACUUACAUUUAUUUUUCCACUUUCAAAAUUAUUUCUAUUUCUCAAGUUCUAUGUAACCGAAUGUACCAGUCGCACUCAAUCCGGGACAUCUCCUUGUCAUUCUGUCAUUCGCUUUCAUCACUAGGCGCGAUUCAACGCGAUGCAGGGCCUUGCCUGGUCAGAGAUCUGCUACCUCUUCUGUUGCCCACCUUUCCCAAGUCGGAUCGCAGCAAAACUAGCCUUCCUCCCUCCAUCCCCGACCUACUCGUUCCAACCAUCACCAGACGCCACGUCACACAGCCUCCAUCUGACCGAGCGAAGCGAGUGGCAGUACACACAACGCGAACUCGAAGGCAUCGAGGUCUUCACGACGCGCAGCCGCCGCAACAACACGAUCGCCUGCAUGUAUGUGCGCUGCUCGGACGACCCGCACUACACGAUCCUCUUCAGUCAUGGAAACGCGGUCGAUAUCGGGCAGAUGUCGAGCUUCUACGUUGGUCUCGGCUCGCGCAUCAACUGUAACAUCAUGUCAUAUGAUUAUUCCGGCUAUGGGGCGAGUAGCGGGGCCCCCAACGAGAAGAACAUGUAUGCGGAUAUUGAGGCGGCGUGGAAUGCGUUGAGAAAGCGAUACGGAAUCAGCCCGGAGAGUGUGAUUUUCUAUGGGCAGAGUAUUGGGACGGUGCCGACGGUUGAUUUGGCGUCGCGUUUUGAGGUUGCGGCGGUUAUCCUUCAUUCUCCGUUGAUGAGCGGAAUGAGAGUGGCUUUUCCGUCGACGAAGAGGACGUGGUGUUGGGAUCCGUUUCCGAGUAUCGACAAGAUAUCGAAAGUUCAGUCACCCGUUCUCGUCAUCCACGGCACCGAAGACGACGUGAUUGACUUAUCCCACGGUAUGGCAAUGUACGAACGUGCACCCAACACCGUUGACCCGCUGUGGGUUGAAGGAGCCGGCCACAACGAUGUAGAACUAUAUGGACAAUAUCUGGACAGAUUGCGCAAGUUCAUACAAGAAAUCAAACAUUUGGGGCAAGAACGGUCGAGUAGACAGUCAGCGAACGGCCAGGCACCUUCAGAAGGAGUUACAUCGAACAGUUAAAGUCAAAUGGGGCAUAGUUUCUAACCAUUUUGAUUUGGGAGAUAUUACAGUCAUUUGAGAGUUAUUUUGUUUUAUGGGAGUUUGGGAUUAGUAUAUAGUGUAGUGUAGAUGGGCAUGUAUAUGGUAGUGAUAUCAACUUUAUAAAAUCUGUAGUAACGUUUGAAAUUGAUAAAUUUGGUUGUA